UUUGACAGUUCUAUGCGGGUGUAUGUGUGUGAUAAAUGAGAAAAUACCAAUUUGCUUUCGUUGUUUACUCAUCAAAUGGAUAAAUUUACAAAAUAAAAGUGGAUUUUUUAAUAAAUUAAAGUCUCGAUUAGUGGAGCACCCUCAAAUUGCAGUUUCCGCUGUAGCAUUAAUAGGAAAAUAAUAUUUGAUGCUAAUUUGUAUAGACAAGCUAAAGAUAAAAGAUGACGGAAAAAAUAACUUUGGCAGAUGCUCUUUCUAAUGUUGAAGUACUGGACGAGUUGUCACUGCCCGAUGAACAGCCUUGCAUAGAGGCUCAGCCAUGUUCGGUUAUAUAUAAAGCGAAUUUUGAUACCAACUUUGAGGACCGUAAUGGUUUCGUCACGGGUAUAGCCAAGUACAUAGAAGAAGCUACCACUCAUGCCAACUUGAACGUUUUACUGGACGAGGGCCAAAAACAUGCUGUUAUGUUGUAUACUUGGCGUUGUUGUUCCCGAGCCAUACCGCAGCCCAAAUCGAACGAACAGCCCAAUCGUGUGGAGAUUUACGAGAAAACAGUUGAAGUCUUGGCCCCGGAGGUCAAUAAACUUUUAAACUUUAUGUAUUUCCAACGAAAAGCUAUAGAGGCCUUUUCUGUAGAAGUAAAACGUCUCUGUCAUACGGAGAAACGUAAAGAUUUCGUGUCUGAAGCUUAUCUUUUGACUUUGGGAAAAUUUAUCAAUAUGUUUGCAGUUUUGGAUGAAUUGAAGAACAUGAAAUCCAGUGUUAAAAACGAUUACAGUACAUAUCGUCGUGCUGCCCAGUUUCUUAAAGUUAUGUCGGACUCCCAUACUUUGCAAGAAUCACAAAACCUGUCCAUGUUUUUGGCUACACAGAAUAAAAUCCGUGACACUGUCAAAGAUACUUUGGAGAAAAUUAUCGGCUAUGAGGAUUUGCUAUCGGAAGUAGUGAACAUUUGUGUUCACAUGUUCGAGACAAAAAUGUAUUUGACUCCCGAGGAAAAGCACAUGCUAGUUAAGGUUAUGGGCUUUGGCCUUUUCCUUAUGGACAGUGAUGCUUGCAACAUUAAUAAAUUGGAUCAGAAAAAGAAAAUCCGUUUGGAUCGUAUCGAUCGCAUAUUCAAAAAUCUUGAGGUAGUGCCCCUGUUUGGUGACAUGCAAAUUGCUCCUUUCAAUUACAUCAAAAGAAGCAAACACUAUGAUCCUAGUAAAUGGCCAUUGUCCAGUUCCAACGCUGCUAGCCCUCAGGCUGAUUUAAUGGUACAUUUGCCACAAAUACGCGAAGAUCAUGUUAAAUAUAUAUCGGAAUUGGCCCGUUAUACUAAUGAGGUAACCACUACGGUUAAGGAGAAUCCUUCAGAUGCCGAAAAUAGAGCUACUUCUGAUUUGGCUUUACGCGGUUUGCAACUGUUAUCGGAAUGGACAAGUGUUGUAACGGAAUUGUAUUCGUGGAAACUUUUACAUCCAACCGAUCAUCAUCAAAACAAAGAAUGCCCCGUAGAAGCAGAAGAGUAUGAAAGAGCAACACGUUAUAAUUAUACGUCGGAGGAGAAAUUUGCAUUGAUUGAAGUUAUAGCUAUGAUCAAGGGAUUGCAGGUUCUUAUGGCUCGUAUUGAGACGGUACUCUGUGAAGCCAUACGCCGCAACAUCUAUUCGGAACUACAGGAUUUUGUACAGCUUUCUCUACGCGAACCGCUACGUAAAGCUGUGAAAAACAAAAAGGAUCUUAUACGCAGUAUCAUUAUGUCGGUACGUGAAACGGCAGCCGAUUGGCAGAAAGGCUACGAACCCAUAGAUGAUCCCGUCAUUAAGGGUAAAAAGGACCCCGAUGGUGGUUUCCGCAUAAAUGUGCCUCGCCUUAAUGUCGGACCCUCUUCCACCCAACUCUAUAUGGUGCGUACCAUGUUGGAAUCGCUGAUCGCAGACAAGUCGGGAGGAAAACGGACACUGCGCAAAGAUAUCGAUGGCAAUUGUCUUAUGCAAAUUGAUUCUUUCCAUAAGACUUCUUUCUAUUGGAGCUAUUUGUUAAAUUUCAGUGAUACACUACAGAAAUGUUGUGAUUUGUCGCAACUUUGGUAUCGUGAGUUCUAUUUGGAAAUGACAAUGGGCCGCAAGGUGAACAAGUGCAUGGUGAGACAUCAGCAUAAUGAGGAAUGCAAGGAUUUGAUAACUAUGGAAAAACGCAUACAAUUUCCCAUUGAAAUGUCUAUGCCUUGGAUUUUAACCGAUCAUAUAUUACAAACUAAAGAACCCUCAAUGAUGGAAUUUGUUUUAUAUCCUUUGGAUUUGUACAAUGAUUCUGCUCAUUACGCCUUGACGGUAUUUCGUAAGCAAUUCUUGUAUGAUGAGGUGGAGGCAGAGGUUAAUCUAUGUUUCGAUCAGUUUGUUUAUAAAUUGAGUGAACAGAUUUUCGCCCAUUAUAAACAGUUGGCUGGAAGUAUUUUCUUGGAUAAACGUUUCCGUUUAGAAUGUGAGGUGUUGGGUUUCAAUUUCCAAUCGUAUCCACGAAACAAUCGUUAUGAAACUCUACUUAAACAGAGACAUGUGCAACUUUUGGGACGUUCUAUUGAUUUGAAUAAAUUGAUUACGCAGCGUAUAAAUGCCAAUAUGCACAAAAGUAUUGAAUUGGCUAUAAGCCGCUUUGAAAGUAAUGACAUUACCGGCAUAGUGGAAUUGGAAGGACUUUUGGAGUGUAAUCGCAUUUGUCAUAAAUUGCUUACCAAAUAUUUAGCAUUGGAUAAUUUCGAGUCUAUGGUUAAGGAGGCUAAUCACAAUGUUUUGGCCCCGUAUGGUCGAGUAACACUGCAUGUUUUUGUGGAAUUAAAUUAUGAUUUUUUGGUUAAUUAUUGUUAUAAUGCAGCUACCAAUCGAUUUGUACGCAGUAAAGUUAAUUUAGCUUCUUCUCAGCCCAUGCAACGCGAAAAGCCGCCACAAAUGUCGCACUAUUAUCUUUGGGGCUCGAAACAAUUGAAUGCCGCCUACUCUACACAAUAUGGCCAGUAUACGGGUUUCGUAGGGGCUCCUCACUUCCAUGCUAUGUGCCGUUUGUUGGGCUAUCAGGGGAUUGCAGUUGUUAUGGAUAUCAUUUUAAAGGAUAUUGUUAAACCUUUGAUUCAGGGUUCUCUGUUGCAGUUUACCAAAACCUUAAUGAGCGCCAUGCCAAAAUCUUGUAAAUUGCCAAGAUGUGAAUACGGUUCACCCGGUGUGUUGAGCUACUAUCAGGCCCAUUUAACCGAUAUUGUACAAUAUCCUGAUACAAAAACUGAACUAUUUCAAUCGUUCCGUGAAUUUGGCAAUUGCAUUAUAUUCUGUUUGUUGAUUGAACAGGCUCUGUCACAGGAGGAAGUUUGUGAUUUAUUGCAUGCUGCUUUAUUUCAAAAUAUAUUCCCGAGACCAUUUUGUAAGGAAAAUGAAAAGCCAGAAGCAAAACAAAAACGUCUGGAAGCACAAUUUGCUAAUUUACAAAUUGUCUCGAAUGUAGAAAAAUUGGGCACAGCUAAGCAAGCCAUGAUUGCCCGCGAAGGAGACCUAUUAACACGCGAACGUCUUUGUUGUGGCCUAAGUAUUUUUGAAGUAAUUUUAAAUCGCAUUAAAAGCUAUUUGGACGAUCCUGUCUGGACUGGACCGGCACCAGCUAAUGGCAUCAUACAUGUCGAUGAGUGUUCGGAAUUCCAUCGUUUAUGGUCGGCCCUGCAGUUUGUGUAUUGUAUACCCGUACGAGGUACCGAAUACACCAUAGAGGAAUUAUUUGGUGAGGGUCUGAAUUGGGCUGGAUGUGCUAUGAUUGUUUUACUGGGUCAGCAGAGACGUUUUGAGGCAUUAGAUUUUUGCUAUCACAUUUUGAGAGUACAACGGGUUGAUGGCAAAGAUGAAGAUGUUAAAGGAAUUAAACUCAAACGCAUGGUGGAUCGCAUAAGACGUUUCCAGGUCUUAAACUCCCAAAUAUUUGCUAUUUUAAAUAAAUAUUUAAAGGGCAGUGAUGUGGAGGGUUCAAAUGUUGAACAUGUGCGCUGUUUCCCGCCACCACAACAUCCUUCGGUUAUUUCCUCACAUUAUCAAGAUCCCAAUAAAUUGAGACAAAGUAUGAAUAAUUAAUAAAACAAACAAAAUGCAAGCAACACAAUAUAUAAUCAAUCAACACAAAUUUGAAAUAUUCAAGAAUAUUAAUUAACAUUAACAUUUAUUUAAACAACAAUGUUUUUAGUUUUUAAGUUUAAUAUUUAAUAUUAAAAUAUUGUCUUAGCCAGUAUACAAAUACAAGUAUUUUACACAAAUUAUUUUUUUUUUACACAAAAAUAUUCUUUAUUUCCACCCACUAAUUCAAAUUCAAAUAGAAAAAAAACCUUUAUACUUUACCCCCUUAAGAGGCCAAAGAUCGUAUUUCGUUUAUUAAGCUUUUUUCUAAAUAAUUUGGCUUGAACUUUUACAUUAUACAAUACGUAGAUUUGUGAGGCUUUUGUUAUGAUUAUUUUUUUUUAUUAUUAAAUUAAGCAUUUAAUACAAGAGCACACUCAAGACAAUGAAGAUGAGAUGGUUGCAAGUUGCAAAAAUAAAUCAAUGAAGGCAUUUUUUCACAUGAAAGACACACAAUAAUAAAUGGAAUUGCAUUUUCUAUUUUUUUUUUUUUGUAUUACAAUUACAUUUAAUACACUGCAAUUAUUAUAUUAGUAGAUUAGAAGGUUUUUUGUAUUACAAUAAAUAUUUAAUGAUUUACAUAAUUAAUAUAUAAUCGAAUGUAUGAUUUGAAUUGCAAUUAAACAAUUUAAACAAUAAAUAUUUACAUAUUUGUACAAGUAGUAAAAUAAAA